AUGUCUUACCGUUUCGUAAAAUUGCUAGAUGCUGCAACCGACCAAACUUUGGUUGAACCUAACUGGGAAGGAAUUUUGGAAUGUGUGGAUUUAAUUAGAGGAAAGGAAGUCCCGGUCAAAGAUGCAAUUAAAGCAAUUCAGAAGCGUUAUCACAAUUCAAAUCCGCAUGUUGCUCAUCAUGCGUUGAUGGUAUUGGAAGCUUGUGUUAAGAAUUGUGGAAAGAAGUUUAUUGCCGAAAUUGCAACCAAAGAAUUCAUGGAAGACUUGAAAAGUUUGGUAAUUUCAAACCCUCAAGCCAACGUUCGAACCAAAAUACUUGAACUUAUUCAAUGUUGGACUUCUGCCUUCAAAGGCAUUUCUGAAUAUAAAAUUGUUGAAGACACUCAUUCACUUCUUAAAAUGAAUGGUUUUGAAUUUCCUCCUAUAGACGAAGCAAAAGCUAUGUUUUUGGCAGAAUCUGCUCCAGAUUGGGCUGAAGGAGAUAAUUGCUACAGAUGUCGAGUUGAAUUUGGCGUUUUUACUCGUAAACAUCAUUGUCGUGCUUGUGGACAAAUAUUCUGUGAUAAAUGCUCGAAUAAGCAAAUGUUGUUACCUCAAUUUGGAAUAGAGAAGAAAGUUCGAGUUUGUGAGGCCUGUUUUGAUAAAAAGACUGUUCAACAGCAACCAAAGGCAGAAAUUAAUAAGGCUGCGGAAGAAGCUGCUGCGCGUGAAAAGGCUUUAAAAGAAGCUGAGGCAAAAGAACAAGAAGAAUUGGAGCUUGCUUUGGCUAUAAGUCAAAGUGAAGCUGAAGCUAAGCAAAAAUAUAAUGGAAUUGAUCUUUCUUAUAUAAAUAAAGCGACAAAUGACAAUUCUAUUUCUAGUGGAUAUGGUGGAGGACAAAAGUAUGAACCUCCUCCGCAAACUGUUCCAGUUAUUGGUAAAGAUGAAUCUAAUUUAUCUGGAAUGGUUAAUGAUGAUGCUAAUAAAGAUGAUCCAAUUGAUUCUGUUUUGGCUACUUAUUUGGACCGUGAUUAUUGGGAGAGGAAACGCAGGGAAGUUGAGGAACAACCACUUCGUGCAACAGCUCCACCACCAAGUGAAAUUUCCAUUUCAAUAUCUUCAAGUAUUAGCCAGCAACAACCUUUACAACAAAAUGGGAAUGCAAACAAAAGUUUAAAUAAAACUCUAACAAAUAUUUCUAAUGUCAAUAACAACAACAAUAAUUAUCCUUUAAAUGAACAUUUGGAUUUUUCAAUUUUGGAAGAUCAACAACAACAACAAAUUUCUCAACACGAUAAUAGUUUAGCACAAAAUUAUGCUGCAAAAUUAAAUAUUGGAAUGCCUAUGGAUAUUGGGAAAAAUGAAUCUAAUGAUGUUGAGGAAGUAGCAGAGACUUUGAACUUUUGUAAUGCUUUAAAUGAAAGGGUUGAUACAAUGAAAACUCGAAUGCGAAGUAAUCAGUUACGUGGCCGUUCAAUUGUUAAUGAUUCUGCAAUUCAUACAUUAUUUUCACAACUUACCGAACUACAUGCUAUAGUUAUACAAAAAAUGACAAAAUUGGAAGAACAGAGAGAACAUUAUGAACAAUUACAAGACCAUUUAGCUCAUAUUCAAGAAGCACGUCAAGCUGUAAAUGCUUUGAGAGAAGAAAAUGAACGUUUACGACAGGAAAGAAUUAAAGAAGAAAAUAAUCGUCGUAAAAGUCAAUUGCGUCAAACACUUGAAGUUAUGAGGGAUAAAAAGAAGGAAAUGUUAGUUAGCGGUCGUUAUGUUGCUAUCCAACGUUUUCAUGAACAAGAAUGGCAAAUUCGUCAACAACGCUUAUCUUCUCCACAAUUUAACAAUCCUGCAUUACCAACAAUGACUAAUCAAGCACCACCAUUAGCUAAUAAUCCUGUUCCAAUAAAUAUGAUGAAUAACAACAAUAAUCCAGUUACUUCAACUCAACAACAAAUGAUACAUAAUCCAAUGCAAUCAAUGACAAACACUUCAACAAUGCCUCCAAUAAUGAUGAACAAUCAAAUGACAACAAUGAUGACUGCAGGUGUUCAACGGCCUCAAAUUAUGCCUCAUCAACCAACUGCAUAUUCAAGCAGUCAGCCUCAAGCAUUGCCCGCUCAUUCAAUGAUGAUGUAUUCUUCAAGCAAUCAAGCUCAAGAGCUGCACGGGCAGGCGAUGGGAUACCCAGGCAAUCCACCUCAAGUCAAUCAAGUUCAACAUCAACCUCAAGGGGGGAUGCCAAUGAUGAGCAACAAUCAAAUAAUGAGCAAUCAUCAUCAAUCAAUGACCAUUCCAAUGAAUUCAAUGAUGAAUACAAUGCCUUCAAUGACAACAACUAUGCCAUUGAUGAAUAAUAACAUGAUGAAUAACAUGCCACCUAUUAAUAAUCAUCCUUCUCAACAACAAUUCCAAAUGCCACCAUAUCAUCAACAGCAACAACAUUAUAUAAUGCCUCCAAUAACUUCUACUCAACAGCUUCCGGUACAUCAACAGCAUCCGGUACAUCAACAACAACAGAAUUCAGCGGUUCAAGAAGAGGAACAACAGAAGAAAGAAAUUCAAGUGCCCGAAGAUUGGUUAAUAUCUUUUGACUAAUUUAACUAUUUGAAGAAGAGGCGGAAGAAAGGGAGAAUUCUAAAAAAUGUGUAUGUGUUAAUUUGAGGAUGUAUGAAUUUUUUAAAAAUAUUUUUUCUUCGGUAAAGUGAUCAAAUUAAUAAAAAAUAAUUUUUAAAAUAAUAAAAAUUUAUUUUAUUGAAUUUUUUAAAAUAAAUUUUUUAAAAUAAAUCUGUUUAUAUAUUUUUUGUGUAGUGUCCGUUUAAUGACGGUGAAUAUCUUUAUUCUUUAUUUCAGCUUAUGAACAGGUUGAAUGCCGUGGAAGAUGAUAAACUUGCAGAAAGCUUGGAGCUGAUAUUCUCGAUUAUUUUAAUUUGGAUUUGAUGAAGGUUUUGUUUAAAUUUUUGGGGGAAUUUUGAACUUUGAGGGUACUCUUGCUUCCUAUUUUCUUUUUUUAUUAAUUUCAAGUUGUUGCUUUCCUUGUCUUGCUAAUCCAUUUAUGAUAGACCCCAUUUUUUCCUCC